CAUUGUGAUACGGAUUCUCCACUUGUUGCCGCACACACACACACACACACAUACACGAAACGCAACCAAAUAUAUUUUCUUUCUCUGCCCUUUCGGGAUUUGCUAAGUCACACUCUCUUGUAUAUAUACUCCCACUCUCACUCACUCCUUUCUCUCUUCUAUCAUACCCGCAUUCUCACAAUCCCUCCUCUCUUUUUGCCUUCGCUCUAUUGGGUUCCUCACUGCAGGGUAUAAUGCUUAGUCCUGAAGGAGAACUUGAAAUAAGUUUUGGCUAUAAAUGCAACAGUGAUAGAGGUAUUCCCUGUGAGGUUGCCAGUGGCUGCAAAAUCCUUCCCGGAGUGCGUAGAACAAGUAGUUUCUCUUGCUUGUCAGGUGCAGCCUUAAGUGCGAAUGCUACAUUAGCCAACACAAACAUCUGCAAUGGUAAAAUAGGUGAAGAAAUCCUUCCAAGUUGGGACUCUCCUAAUUCAUUUCGUAAGGUAACCUCUUCGCCAAGUCUUUCAAAGUUGGACAUACUAUCAUCUUCCCUCCCAAGUAGUUUGUCUUACCUUAGCUGCAGUCCUUCUACUACAAGUGACAUCCUCGAAUAUGACUCUUGCACGUUAAAAUCAAUGAGCGAUCCUUCCAGAAGUGAAGGUUUUCUUAAUGUUAAGGAAGUUCAAGUAGCAGGAGGAGCUGCCGGUGAAGACAGAGUUCAAGCAGUUUGUUCUGAAGAAAAUGGGUGGCUAUUCUGUGCAAUUUAUGAUGGCUUUAAUGGAAGAGAUGCAGCCGAUUUUCUGGCUGGUACCCUGUAUGACACCAUCAUAUCAUAUUUUGAUAAGUUAAUCGAGGAAUUGGAGCCAGGUUACAUCAGAGCUUAUAAUGAUGGGGGCUUGGAUGAAUCCCUGCAAUGUAAGUUGAAUGACAGCCUUAUUUAUCACGAAGAUCAAUCUAUGGCAAGGUUUAAAGGAAUAAAUGAUUCUAAUCAUGGAUGUUAUGCAAAGUGUAGCCUAUCUACUAAGUCAGAACUAUCAUGUGAUCCAUUUUCACAAGGGGUACUUGAUAUCCUUGAACGUGCUAUUAGUCAGGCAGAGAAUGAUUUCCUGUACAUGGUGGAGCGGGAAAUGGAGGAACGUCCUGAUCUAGUUUCUAUUGGAUCUUGUGUUUUACUAGUGCUUCUUCAUGGUAAUGAUUUGUAUACACUUAAUCUGGGUGACAGCAGAGCAGUUUUGGCAACCUGCAUUACAGGUUGCCGAAUGGAUAAGAGUGAGAGACUGAAGGCUAUACAGCUUACAGAUAAUCACACCGUUGAUAAUGAAGUUGAAAGAGCUAGACUUCUGGCCGAACAUCCCGAUGAUCCCAGGAUCGUUAUAGCAGGAAAAGUGAAAGGGAAACUCAAGGUUACUCGCGCUUUUGGAGUUGGCUACUUGAAAAAGAAAAAUUUGAAUGAUGCUUUGAUGGGAAUCCUUCGAGUUCGUGAUCUUAAAAGCCCACCAUACAUAUCCACUCAACCAUCACUGAAUGUCCAUAGAAUCUCAAGCUCCGAUCAAUUUGUGAUAGUUGGAAGUGAUGGUUUAUUUGACUUCUUCAGCAACGAUGAGGCAGUAAAGCUUGUAGAGUCUUAUAUCUUGAGCACCCCUUUUGGCGAUCCAGCAAAGUUUCUGAUAGAGCAGCUUGUGGCUAGAGCAGCUGUUUCUGCCGGUUUAAGCAUGGAAGAGUUGAUGAACAUUCCAGCUGGGAGGAGAAGGAAGUACCAUGACGAUGUGACCGUAAUUGUGAUCAUGCUUGGGAUGAAUCAACGGACUUCAAAGGCAUCAACUUGCAUUUGAGAGUUACCACGAAGAAAAAACGACAAAAACUUUGUAUCUAUGUAGCUUUUCAUAGGAUGUUCUCGUUUGAUUAGUUUUUCCUAGGCUGUGUUACUUUAAACUGUAUAUAUCGCAUUUUACAAGAACCUCUAGGGCGUUAGGUCCUAUUAUUUGUAAACAUUAAUAACAGUAUGAACUUUUUUAUGUGCA